UUACACUGUUCAUAUCUUGACACGGCGUGCAGCAGGUGUGUACUACAGACUACACAAUUCAAACAAGCUCCCGCAAUCCACACGUCAAGUCACGGCCAAGUACAGACGAUAAAUCGCCCAAAAGGAUCGGUUUAUAUUUCAGGGAAACUGAAUCGUGAUUCUAUCACUUCCUAGUAGUGGAUUUGUCCAAAUAAAAUCUAGUUCAGCUACCUUGGAUCAAUAACAAUCGAUAAAUCUAAUUAGUGCGCUUGUGUGUGAUAAAGAUAACACACCUGUGACGUAUGAUAUGUGCUCUGCGACUCAGUUAGUUUUUAACUUUGUGCGUACACAAUAUUUCUUUCAAUUAGCGAAUGUUUAAAGGCUCUACAUUGGAUAAAAUUUACAUUGGUCAUUCAGGAAAACUUCUUGCUUGCUUAGUACCUUUAGACUAGUCUAGAUCUAUGUGUAUGUAUUUACCUUUCAUACAGUAAGCAAACGAUAUUCACGUGAUAUUGACAUUAUCGAAUAAAGGCCUAGACUAAUUAGUAAAUAUCUCGAUCUAAUUUGGAUACCUUGUAUUUUAUGUAGAGUUUAAAAUGAGACAGAUACAGAACCAUAUUCAAUUCAAAAUAAAAGUAGUUAGAAAACUAGCUUUGAAGUUUCUGUGCUAAGUUUUUUGGCCUUUAAUUUUUUUGUAGUAUGUUACAGACGAAGAGAUUUAUUUAAAUCUGUAUGUCGCAUUAAGGAUACUGUGUACAUCUCGUUCAAACUGUGAACUGUUUAAAAUAAACCUAUGGAGUUAGGCGGAUGGAGAAACAAUUAUAUAUUUCAAAGAUUGGAAAUUAUUGCCUUGUGGAUUUAUAUCUUUUGGAGUGCAGAGUUUGAUGGUGCCUGGGCAGAGAGGUGCAGGAAGAAGUUCACUGACGCCGACUACUUCCAGGUGUCCCUGAGGGACAGUGACGACGAUGACUACCUCUACACCAACUGCAUGUGGGGAUGCUGCUACACCAGGGAUACGCCGUGCUGCACUGCACCAGUCAGUCUGAUUAUCGGAUGUGCUGUAGGCGGAAUUCUUAUCAUUGCUCUGGCCACCGUGGCCAUCUGUUGCUGCUGGGUUUGUCGGAGACGGAACCAGGCCACUAGGGCGUCCAGGGCCAUGUUUGGCGAGACUCCACGACCAAACGCCAGCGCGCCCGUGGUCUACCGCACAGAUUCAAGUGGGACUGUAGAUCUUCCACCUUAUGCAUUCGAUGCCCCGCCAUCUUAUGAGGAAGUCAUGCGAGGGGAGACAAAUGCUGCAUUUAAACCAGACAGCUAAUCAAGUUUCUUGAAGAGUUGUUUAGUUCCCCUUUUUCACCAAAAUGCACAGCAAAAUAAAAUAUGCAGUACCAAUAACACUCUGGCUCAGGGAAGCUUCCAUCAGUCAGUUGAUUAAAGGAUUGUAAUGUCAAAGAAGAAAAAAAGGUGUCUAUAUAUUUAAAAAAAACAAACUUGCAUUUUUUUGCAUUGGAAUGUUCAAUUGAAUGAAACAUACAGUUCUUAAUUACAUCAAAGUAAUAUGAUUUUUUUUUAGUUUAAAUCUUGCAACUAUUCUCAGAGAGGCUUUUUAUGGUGAUCAACUGUCAGGAAAUUGGAGUAUAUCUUCAGCCAACAAAAGGACUCCAAAGACCAAUCUGUUAAAAAAAAAUGAACUACUUUUUAUGUGCUGAUAAGUUUCAGGCUUACAUGACUUUCAGUAGCAGACUUCAGUUUGAAAGUAGUCCCAGUCUGUGAUAAUAUCAAGAUGUUCUAACUAACACAAUUGUUUAUAUGUCUUUAACAUAAGAUUCAUUUUUUAUGCUGAUUUUGUUAAGUUUCUUUUUCAUUCUUUUUUUUUACUUGUAAAUUUUUUUAUUUUUUUUUUUGUAUGUGUAUUUUACAACUAAUUUGAAAUUUUGUUAACAAAACAAUUAACAGAUGGAAAAUUUAAAAUAUGAAACUCUUUUCUUUCCCGGCUCCCGCGCUACACUAAUGGUGCGCAUCUGAGCACUACUGAACACGACUAGUGGAAGAUAUAUUUAGACAGGAAGAAGGACUGUUGUGAGCCGGCUAGAAGUCAUGGGAGUUUGAACAGUCUGGUGCUGAGUGCUGUCCUGUGUGAUACUAGGAAACUGUGUGGGAGACCUGGAGCGACACUGGGAAGUGUGUCGGUGGUCUGUUCUGUGUUCUGGUAUAAAGUAGGACUCUUAGAACUUAGACAUAUUACUCCCUGUGACUAUAGCAGAAGUCCAAGUCUAACUAGUUACUAUUACCCGUACCAUUUGUCGAUGCAUCAUUUGCAUUUAUCAUAAAUAAAUACAUCGUUUACUCUUGUCAACCUGUCUUUCGUUGAGUGCCUGCCUUAGAGAGUUACAACAAUUAAGUAGAUUUUUAAAAUGUCAUCCUUACUUAAACCAAAUAAUUCUUUGUAUGUGCACUCAGUUAGGUCCAAUUCCAUAUUCCAAGACGUUUGAGCUAGAGUUUGUUAUCACUUUUGAUGAUUUUAUUGCUGAAAUGUUAGUUGCUGAAUAAUUAUUAUGAACAACCUAAACUAAAACAAAUCAUGGUGGAAUUUGAUAUUUGAAAUUUUUUCUUCAGAGUUCAUGUCUGCUCUGACAUCUGCUGAGGAGAUCAUUGAAUGUGCUGGUCACAUGACACCCAUCUUGAACUUUAAACUUUCUUUUCUUAAUGCAUACAUUUUUUUUUCAUGAUUACAUGUAUAAACUGAUGGGUCUAAGUAUUCUGUUUUCUUCAUUUCAUUUUAUUACAAAGUCUUUGAACUAAAUCUGUAAGUCUGAUUAUGUUACUCUAAACUUGUUCAUAUUACAGAUUAAUUUGGAAAAUAUAAGUGCAAAAGGGUUAUCUAUUUACAGAUUGGAUGGUUAAAAGCUGUAUCUAUUGUACAAAAUGAUAUUGUAUAAUUGUUUGAGAAUCAUUGACUUUUAAUUAACAGUAUUCUGAUGCUGCCAUCAGGCCUAUUUGCUUUAAUCAAUUUUGUUGCAAUAACAGUAUAGUUCAUUUUGUAUGUAACAUAUAGCUGUUCAUUUGCGAAAGCAAAAGAUUAUCUACUUUCUGUCUGUCUUGAAAUAAAAUUGUGAAUAACUUGAAUGAUUGAAUUGCUAUUAAUAUUGUGGAAUAUUUGCACAUUUUCUGUUGUUAUGUGUAUAAUACAUCUAUGAUUUCCAUAGCACAACGUAUUGUAUAGUGUACAUUACUUCUACAGAAUGGUUUUACUUAAUUAUUUUCUUGAGGCAAGUAUUUAAAAUUAAACUGAAACAAGAAAAACAUAUAAAAUACUUUUUAAAAAACCCAGAUUGUAUCAAUUAAUUUUGAUCUAGACUAACAAAAAAAAAAGACAUUUAUACAAUAAAAUAAAGGGGACUGACCUGAAUUCGAACUCAUGUCUCAAGCCUUCUUAGGCAAUAUGAUAACCAAUGUGCUAGUGGAGAGCUUAUGAACACGGAGGAUCAUAUAGUUAUCUAUUGUUUUUAUAGUCUUGACUUAUUUAUCAGGCUUGUGUUCAUUAAGACUUAAUCGGAUGACUUAUAAAGGGGACUAAUUCAGCUUAUAGCACAACUUCAGUCAAUUACAAGUUCUAGCUCUUGUUCAAGAUACCAAACAAAUAAUUUAUUACCAUAACUAUUUAAUUUUUUAAAUUAUUUAUCAUAUGUUGUCAGCUAAAAGAAAUAAUUUUGCAAAAUUUCAGCUUGAUCCCAGAUUGGGUGUGGAGAAUGUGUACAAACUUUUGACCAGACAGACAAAGGGAGUUAAUAUAAGCUUUGAAAAAUUCUAACUGGUAAUGAGUUCUGUGGCUUUAUUUACGUUUUUUUAUUUUCAGUCAUUCCUUAACACGUUAGAGCCAACAGCUGUUAGUGUUAGAACUCUAGACUAACUUGUUUACUAUUCAAAGUGCAUACCACAUACCAGGUAGACAUCAUUGAAUGUGUGUCCCUGUGGUACUCUUAACUGAUGUUUUUUUAUGAAACAUAAGAAGAAUUUUUCGAAGUUACAGCUCAUUAGAAGUGUGAAGGAAAUAGCACUAAAAAUAAAUUUGAAGAUAAUUAGCAGAUAUCUUGUGUGUCUGAGUCAAACUAUCAAUAUCAGGUCAGCAUGACAUUCUGAAUGUUUAAAAUGCCAAUGCAGCUCUAUCUUAAUCUUUCAUCAGUCCUCUGUUUUGUCAAUUCACAUAACAUCAUUGAACACAAGCUGAUAAAAAAUAUAAAUGUCAUUUGUUAAGUAUUUUUUGAAAUAACAUUGUUAGAUCUAAAUACAGUGUGAAAAAUUCAAACAUAUUUUUUUCUGUCCAGAUCUUUAAACAUUUCUUGCCACUUGGCAUAACAAAUCUUACUACAACUUAUUUAUUUUUUCUUUAAUUAUUUUCUUUUUAAUUGAUCUAUACUUAAUUUUUAAAAAAAAAAAAAAGCUGUGCAAACAUAUUUUGAAUAUUUUUUUCCUAUAAUUUUAUUUCGAAAAUUGUGUUCUAAUUCAUCUCAUCUCUUUUUGUAUUGCAUUAGGUAAUUAAAAUUAAACUAUGUAAUUAAUUAGUAUAAUAAUUAGUUUCAAAUGUUUGAAGCUCUAAUUUAAAAUGAUGUUAUUAUGAUCAGAAAACUGUUUUCUAUUUGGCUACUCUAUUGAUGUGAAUGUAACCAUAUUAAUUUGUCUUUCAUAAAUAUAUAUGUUUAUGUAAUUUAUAUAUAUAUAUAUGGAAUGGUGGGUAGAGAGAGGAUAUGAUUAUAAUUAUAAACUACAUGCCUUUGUUAAAUAUUCUUUUUUAAAAUACAAAUAUGGUUAACAA